AUGGCUGAGGCAGAGAGUGACAGCCUAAGCCCUACAAGAUGUGGGGGACAUAGUAUUGUCACCCAAGAAGAAGGGCAGGAAGACCCAUCCAUCAAGGCCAUGGGCUACUUCGACAUCAUGAUCCUGGGUUUGACCGGCCAAGGCAAAACUACGACUGCUGACAAGUUGCUCAUAGCCAAUCCAGAUCAUAUAGACUAUGCACAUGCGUACCCUUCAAGUGCACAUGGUGGUGGACAAGCUUCUGUACUGCCUAAAGCCGCAGAAGCUAGAUAUCAAGAUCUCUCAAUGUGGCUCAUUCCCAGCGACCAAUUUUCCUUAGAACGAAUUUCAACUCGAAUGAAGAAUCUUGCGUUUUAUCGAAUCUUACAAGACCCUCACCUAGAAGUGAAUGCUGCCCAUGAUAAUAAUAUGAGAGUGACUGAGAGGACUUUGAAAUGUGAGCUGUUUUCGAAUGAGAAAACAAAAGUUCGAGUGCUGGAUGUGCCGGGAUUCUUUGGGGCAAUGACAGCUGAGCAAUUUCAAGCUAACGUACCCGAGGGCCGUUCCCCAACCACUACGACUAGUAUCAUGGAAGACACGCAUGCCACCCAUAUUCGUUCCAUGAGGAGAAUUCUUCACACUCAGACUAUAAUGAAAAUGAAGUUCAAUCGCAUCCUCUACUUUCUCCCCUGCAGGGGGCCAUUGUCUAUCAUUAGCGCUGCUCUCCAGCAAGAGCUGCAGCUCCUAGUGUACUAUUUUGGAAGGCACAUAUUUGAUACUAUUGUGCUUGUUGCUACUCUAGACGGAGUUACCUACAAUAUUGUCCCGGAAGGUAUUGAUGUGAUAUUCCCAGUAGAGAGGCUCGAAAGCUCAAGGAGACGGUUUCACGAAGCUCUAAAAAUAUUUAUUCCUGAAGACACACCAAAUCCUCCUAUCAUCUUUAUUUCACUUCGAGAGACGUGCGAAUCGAUUCUUGAAAAGGUGAAAGCGACUCAAGUCAUCCAAGAAGGCCUACAACUAGAGUUAAACCCCACGCUUUGCUCUCGAUGUGGUGUAACCAUUGGAGAGAAAAAUGGAGAGAGAUUAGUUGCCGUAAAGAGAUAUGGAUGGCUUAAAAAUGUGUCUGGUGGUUUUGAUUGGUCGGACGCCAUCCCGUAUGAGCACUCUCGUUGUCACCCUGUUUUAGUGCCUAGGUUCAAUCGUGGACAGAAGCUUACCGAGGGUAUUGCUUACACCAUACGAGCUGUUGUUCAUCGCGAGUGGAAUUGGCCUGAUUUGAACGUCGAAAAAUGCCUCAAUUGUAAUGCUAUACCUGGUACUGAGGGCUGUUUGAAGGUUGGCUCAAAAUAUAAAGAAAAACUGGUCGACCAUACAAACCGAGUUGAGGGCUAUGCCCAUCGUGAAUUGAACCAAAGGCAAUCGAAAACUUCAGGUCCUUCUGAGAGCAAUUCUGAGUCCAAAGAAGAUUCUAUUGGCAGUGUGAACGGAAUCGAGAGGCUGCCAGUUAUCGAGCAGCAGAGUUCAGAUGCGAGUUUGGCUAGCGAGGGAUCUGUAUUUGGUCAAGAAGGAGAUAACAAUCCGUCGAUUUUAUCAGAGUCUUCAGAAGGUUUUAUUACGAGAGAAGUGAGCGUGUACAUUGAACCGGAACACAGCCCUCAAGCUUCUAUGAGGUUGAACUAUGGGAACAAAGAUGAGCAAAGGCGCUCUCCAGAGACAGAGUCGAACGAAUCUGAAAAGAAAGGAACAUGAACAAUUAUCUAUUGUGUGUGUGUGUGUGCGUGUGUGCUAUCUAUUUUUGAUUUUCUUAUUUUUAUAAUAACCGAACAUGAUGUAGUAGUGGCAUAAUUAUGUGUGUGUUUGCUAUCUAUUUUGAACAAUGUUGUAUUGUCUAUUUUGACUUGAUUGCUUUCAUAAUAACCAAACGCUGAA